AUGGCACUGCUCACCCACAUUCUGGCCUGUGCCUUCGGCAUGGGCUCCUGGGUGGCCAUCAACGGGCUGUGGGUGGAGCUGCCACUGCUGGUGACGGUGCUGCCGGAGCAGUGGUACCUCCCCUCCUACAUCACCGUCAUCAUCCAGAUGGCCAACGUGGGACCACUCUUCGUCACCCUCUUGAAUCGCUUUCGGCCUGGCUUGCUGAGGGAGGAGGUUGUUAUCUAUAUAAUCGUGUCCAUGGGUGUCAUAGCCUGCUUGCUCCUGGCUUUCCUCUGGAGCCACACAUCUGUCAUUGCCGGAACAUCCCACAGCAUCCCCUUCCUAAUCCUUACCUUCUUCCUGGCCCUGGUGGACUGCACCUCCUCUGUCACCUUCCUGCCCUUCAUGAUGCAGCUGCAGCCCCAGUACACAAACACCUUCUUCAUAGGUGAAGGGCUAAGUGGGCUGAUCCCUUCUCUCAUUGCCCUGGGCCAGGGCUCUGGUAUCUCCAGCUGCACCAAUGUAAGCUACAAGGUCAACAUCACCACUGGCAAUGAGACCGUGGAGAGCACCAUCUUCCAUAUGGAGAGCCGCUACCUCCCACCCAACUUCUCCACCCUCAUCUUUUUCCUGCUCAUGACUGCAAUGAUGCUGACCUGCUUGCUGGCCUUCUUCUUCCUCACCCGGCAACCCAAGGUGUGGGACCUCUCUCAGCAGCACCUCGUUCCCAGCAGCAUUGUGCUGAACUCAUUUGACCAGAUUCUUGACGAGGGAGCUGACUCGCACCUGAGCAGAGGAUGUCCAUGUCCAAAGGAUCCCAAGGGACCUGGGGACAUCCUGACACAAAAGAUCUCCUACUCCUUAGCCCAGCUCACCCUCAUCUACCUCCUCAUUGCCUGGGUGAGCGCCCUAACAAACGGGGUCCUGCCAUCCGUGCAGUCCUACUCCUGCCUGCCCUACGGACACACCACGUACCACCUGGCAACCACGCUCAGCUCCAUGGCCAACCCCCUGGCCUGCAUCGUGGCCAUGUUCCUGCCCAGCAGGUCCCUGACCCUGAUGGUCAUCCUCACUAUGGCAGGGACAGGCUUUGGUGCCUACAACAUGGCCAUCGCAGUGAUGAGUCCCUGCCCACUCCUCCAGCAGUCCCAGUGGGGCGAUGUCAUCAUCGUCCUCUCCUGGGUGUUGUUCACCGGGACACUCUCCUACAUGAAGGUGAUGGCCGGGGUGAUCCUGCGGAGCCGCAGCCACAGCGCGCUGGUGUGGUACGGGGUGCUGGAGCAGCUGGGCUCCCUCCUCGGGGCACUGAUCAUGUUCCCCCUUGUCAACGUCUAUGGCCUUUUCAAAUCUGCUGACUACUGCAGCCUGCAGUGCCCAGCAUGAGUGGGGUGGACGCCCCAAGACCGCUGCUCUUGCCAACAUGAACUCCCAAAAUCAGCGAGGCUGGCUGGCUGGGAAGCAGCGCUGGGACCAGGAUGGCUGCAGACACAGCUCCCUGAUGGGCUCUGCCAGGAUGCAGGAUUUCCAGGGCUUUGUCCCCAGCCUGGGCACGGGUUGUUCCAUCCUGUGAAAGCAAUAGAAGGUGUUUUACUCAGUC